AUGUACUGUGUCAUUGCAACCAUAAUAGCAUUACUGUACAUUUUCUGGGAUGUAAAUUACUUCCUUCGAGUCGCAUUUACAAUAGGCAUUGGGAGACUUUUCCAAAAGAAAUCUGGUAUAAAAGAUCCCACAACUAUUUAUGGAUUUUGUACAACACAAGAUGUGGAUAUCUUCCUUAGACACAUGAAUAACGCGCGUUAUGUUAGAGAGCUAGAUUUUGCAAGAUUUCAUUUUUAUGAUAGGACAGGUAUCUACCAAAAUAUCAAAGCAGUUGAUGGACAUGUUCUUCAAGGCGCUUCUAGUAUUCGGUACAGAAGAACUAUACCUAUAUUCAGCGCCUAUAAAGUAGAAACAAAGCUUGUAUACUGGGAAGAUAAAACUCUGUAUAUUGAACAGAAGUUCAUCACACUAAAUGAUGGUUUCGUGAGAGCAGUUAUACUUUCGCGGCAGAAUCUUAUUAAUGCAGAUGCAUCUGCACUUUUGAGCAAUAUUCCGGGAGCCGAAACAAAACCUGAAUGUCCUGAAGAGAUCACACAUUGGCUUCAGUCUAUAGAAAUUUCUAGCGCUAGACUAAGAAAAAAGGAU